GUACCUCGGGAAAAGCAGGCGAGGAGCGCCAGUGUCUUCGAUGUGGAAACACUGGCGCUCUUGCUGCCCAACAUCUUAGACAUCGACAUCUUCAUGGCCUUGGCUUCAGCCAGGAGUGUCCACAGGCAGAUCUUCAACUCACUUGCCAUCAAAGCAGCCGUCCACUGCCUGUGGAUCGAGCUCAUCAGCCCGGUGUUCGGCCUCACCUUACUCUUCAACACGCUGGAUUUAGUUGUUUUGGCUCUCUGGGGCCUGACUCCCUCCAGAAGGCCCCUCCUGUGGCGGAUCAUUGGCUCCGAGGGCGCCAAGGAAGAGGGAAGGAACUCGAGCCUCCAAUAUCCACGCUUCGCCAACUUCCUGCUGGCCGGACUGCUGCGUGAUGUAACAAACAUCGGCUGGUGGCUCUUCGGCCUUUGCCGGAAGUGGCUUAGGCAUCAAAGUCAGCACUCCCUACGCGCAUCUUCGGCGGAGGCACGCGUGCAGGAGCUGCGGUCCGGCUUGCAUGCACUUUGGCACCCAAUGAAGAUCUUCGACCUGAGCCACAACACCAACACUCCCGAGCU